AAUCAAUUUUUUAUGUCGGUUUUAUUGGAUAUAAUUUUGAUUUCUUGCAUAACUAUUUUUACAAUUUGUGCCCAAACAAAUAUCGUGCAAAAGAUAAUAUUGUGGUCGAGACUUGAGACUGUUGGGAGGUGGAUAUUGGAAACAUGAUCUUAUCUUUUUCUCCCGCCACUCGUUUCUUCCCCAUAAUCUUAAGAACAAAUCGAUACGAAUUCGAAGAAAUUCUCCAUAUAAAAGGUAAGGAAGCGAUAGACCUCUGAGUUUUCAGUUGCAUUCAGCCAUGGCUUCCAAUGCAGCUCUGGCUUCCACAAGAAUCCCCACAAUCACCAGGCUUCCCUCCAAACCCUCCCUCUCAACCUCUUUCCCUUCCCAAUGUUCCACCAAGAGAUCGGAAGUGGCUGAAUUCUCCGGGCUCCGAUCCAGCGGGAGUGUGACCUACGCCAAGUAUGUCAAGGAUUCAUCCUUCUUCGACGUCGUGUCUGCCCAAUUUACCCCUAAGGCUGCAGGAUCAGCAAUUGCUAAGGUCGAGACAGUUGCGAAACUGAAGGUAGCGAUCAACGGAUUCGGACGUAUCGGCCGGAACUUUCUCCGGUGCUGGCAUGGCCGGAAAGACUCCCCACUCGAAGUUGUAGUUGUCAACGACAGUGGUGGUGUCAGGAACGCUUCUCAUUUGUUGAAAUAUGACUCAAUGUUGGGUACCUUCAAAGCCGAUGUUAAAGUAGUCGAUAACGAGACAAUUAGUGUCGAUGGAAAGCAAAUUAAGGUUGUUUCUAGCCGAGACCCACUCAAACUUCCAUGGGCCGAAAUGGGCAUCGACAUUGUUAUUGAGGGUACUGGAGUGUUUGUGGACGGGCCAGGUGCUGGCAAGCACAUCCAAGCCGGUGCUAAAAAAGUUAUUAUCACUGCACCCGCUAAAGGUGCCGAUAUUCCAACAUAUGUUGUUGGUGUUAACGAACAAGACUAUGACCAUGAUGUCGCCAACAUUGUCAGUAACGCUUCUUGCACCACCAACUGCUUGGCUCCUUUCGUGAAGGUAUUGGACGAAGAAUUCGGUAUCGUGAAGGGAACAAUGACUACAACUCACUCGUACACCGGUGACCAGAGGCUACUGGAUGCUUCACACAGGGACUUGAGGAGGGCUAGAGCUGCAGCCUUGAACAUCGUCCCAACCAGCACCGGUGCAGCCAAGGCGGUGUCGUUGGUGCUUCCGCAGCUGAAGGGCAAGCUGAACGGAAUCGCGCUUCGUGUUCCGACGCCUAAUGUUUCAGUGGUUGACCUUGUCAUCAACGUCGCUAAAAAGGGGCUCACGGCGGAGGACGUCAAUGGGGCUUUCCGGAAAGCGGCGGACGGGCCGUUGAAGGGAAUCUUGGCUGUUUGCGACGAGCCGCUCGUGUCGGUUGACUUUAGGUGCUCUGAUGUUUCGUCGACUAUUGACUCGUCGUUGACGAUGGUUAUGGGAGAUGAUAUGGUUAAGGUUGUCGCUUGGUACGACAAUGAAUGGGGAUACAGUCAACGUGUGGUGGAUUUGGCACAUUUAGUGGCGAGCAAAUGGCCGGGGGAAGAGGCAACUGGAAGCGGAGAUCCGUUGGAGGAUUUUUGCAAGACGAAUCCUGCGGAAGAGGAGUGCAAAGUUUACGAAUUUUGAUUUGCUUGAAAUAUCGUCAUUAUGCAGCAUCAUGUAUUUUGUAAAUUUAACAUUUGAACGACCAUGAAAUUUGAUUUCAAAUUUUGAUUUCAUGGUGAAAACAAAGGGCAUACUUUUUUACAUAUCUUUAUAAAUAUCUAAAUUAUCAUAUUCUAUUCCUGAUUCCUCUUAGGCUUUUUGUGCCAAUAACACACACACACCAGUAACAUAAAAUCUAACAAUUAAAUGAUAAAUCAUCAAAAUGGUUCAUACUUUAUAAAUCACAUGGUACUAAUAUUACCCUAAAUCACAACUCUUGUCCUAUACCCUAAACACAUACAUGUAGGGUUGCAAUGAGGGACGAGAAUUUGGUUCGAAAACCCGAAACAAUCUGAAACCCGAACCGAACCGAAUUAGGCCCGAAUAAGCAAUUCGAUUCGGUUUUCGGGUAUUUAUAUGAGGCUUAUCUAGUUUUCAAGU